GGUGAAUGAAUAAGUCUGGAUGAAGUAUUUUUGAAUAUAUAAUUAAGCAUAUACAUGUAAAUGGUAUUGUAAUCUUGAACUGCCCAGACAAACUGAAUAGAUUAUACCAUAAUGAUGAAUAAGACUUGAAACAGAAUCUAGUACAACCAUCAUGCCAGGGCAAAAAGAAGAUCAAGAUUUUUUUGUUCUUGGAAAACUUUGCUCUCUACUCAGGGAAAAUGGGGGAAAGAUUAUUUCGGGUGAAAGUAAAUUUGCCCUGACAACCCAGAGUCUUGGUAUGUUAUCAACAGCUUUCCGUCGAUUGAGUGACGUAGAAUAUUCUGAUGGCGGAAUGUCGACAGCUUUGUCUCUUUCACCACAAAAUACUUUAAAAUGGAAAGAAGAUGUGAACUUUAUAAGAGAUUUUAUAAGUCGAUGUCCAUCUUUAAAGAUUAUACAUGGCACCAACACCAUGCAGGGUGCCGUACAGGUUCAACGCUUCAGAAAUCUACAAAUAUUAGAAGUAAAGAAAGCACCUAUACAUAUGAUCGAAGGCCUUCAUCAUCUCCGAGGUCAAUUACGAACCGUCAUUGUUUCAAGAAGCCUGCAACAUUUACAGGAUUUAUUUGAAACUUGUGGAAGUGACAUGAGUUCUCCGAUGUCCUGGCCUCAAUUAUCUUCAGCUAAUUUAAGUUUUAACAGUUUAACUAGAUUAGAUGGAUCGUUGAGAUUAUUACCAGUAUUAGAAGUGUUAGAUUUAAGUCACAACAAUCUCGAGAAAACAGAUAAUUAUUUAGAGUAUUUAACAGAACUACAGAGAAUUAAUCUCGGAUACAACAUGCUGGAUGUGGUUCCUACAUUUUCUAUUUCUGCUAAAGGACGUUUAAAAACCUUGGUUCUUAAAAAUAAUAAUCUCGAUAGUAUUCAAGGUGUAGAAGAGUUGGUAUUAUUAGAAGAACUGGAUCUAUGUGAUAAUUGUUUAUCAGAACAUUCAGCAUUACAACCAUUAUCAUCUUUAGUCAUGCUCUUCCAGUUAAAACUAUCAGGGAAUCCACUGACGUACCAUUCCAAACAUCGACAGUUAACAUUAAAACAUCUCUCAGCUCUAACAUUAUCAACUAAGUUUGAGCUAGAUUGUAAGAAAGUGACAAACUCAGAAUUAUCGCAAAUAAAAGGGGUUAAUGUUUUCGUUGUAAGAAGGCCGUCUGCUAUAGCACAUGGUGUGAUAUCCCAACCAAGAUACAGAUCUUCAGAGAAUAUUAUAUCUAAAGACUAUAUGUUCGAUGAUUCGGAUAAUAUCGCCACUUCGUUACCCGUAGCAACGAGUCGGAAAAAGCGAAAGAGAACCAAGAAUAGAGCGUCUGAUAUUUCUGAUCUGGAAUCUUCUACAACUGAAUUAGAUUCUCCAGACACAUCAGCAGCCUCAUCACCAAGGCCAGAUUAUCUUCGCGCCGCCAUGAAGACGCGGAAAGAAAUAGAAUUAUUUAGAAACCAUUACGGUCCAGAUUGGUUGAGAGCCAUGGAAGAGGAGCACGUCAACACGAGGCAAAGCGAUCCAGUAACUAGCGGAACGAGUGAUUCAGACACAAACCAAGUAACCGUUAAAGUCGACACGGAGCAGCCGAUGGAAAUCGAUUCCCAUGAUUCUUUUAAACAGGGACCUACAGACGAUGACCUCUACUUACUUGAAACGUCUGGCAGUUUUAAGAAGACGGACAUGAUGAAUGGUAAUGUUGACAGCCAUUUUGAAAGGGUAGAUAACUCUCAGGAGGAUAAAUUAGAAGUAAAGGAUGAAGGUAUUUAUAUGACUGCUGAUAAAAAGAAAGAUGGGGUACAAAGGUUAUACAGUGUUAAGGGAGAGGAAUGGAACCGAACGGAAGAAGAGGAAGCAGAAUUUUAUGGUGAUGAAUCUGAACCGUUUAUAGUGAUGAUAGAAAAUGAAGACUACAAACAGCUGAUUAUUGUACUAAAUGAGAGAUACAUCGUAGAAAAAGAUCUCAAUGGUUGCGUUAUAGAUAGAUAUGAUUUAAAAUGUUUGAAAGGUUUUGAGAUGGGAGAGACACAGGUACAACAUGCAGAUGUCGUUGAUAGCGUUACGUUACCCCAGAUUCAACUUAGUUUUGAUUAUAUUAAAAAAGAUCGAAGAGAGAAAAGUUAUAUUAUGGAAGAUGAUGAGAAUGUUCAGAGAUUGUUAGAUCUGCUACAACCAUUUUUAACUGCUCAAGAUUUAAAAUCAACCAAUAAUUCUCUAUAUCAGUGCUUAAAAUGUUCUAAUCAAUUCAAAGCUAAAGAUGGAAUAUUAAAGAAAUCAGAGAAGAUGCCAUCUAGAGGUAGUAGUAAAGAUCUACAAAAUAUAAACAAAAACGGUAAAAUGUUAUAUAAAUGUAAUAAAUGUGGUAGUGAUUUGGUUAUAGAAGUUGAGAAUCCUGAUAAACCAGAAACAAACUCCGCUACCUCAACACCAUAUGGUUCUUAUUCUUCAAGUACUAUUGGUAGUUACAUGGAUAAAAAAAUUUACAGUCCAUCACAACUCAGUAAACAAGAUACUAGCCCUCUUGCUAACUCAACGCCAGUGAAGAACAGUUCCAACAAAACUGAACAAAUAGAAAGUGAAAACGUAGCCAAAAGAAAUCUUUUUUCAAAAGGAAUUUCAAAGAAAAGUGUGAUAUCGGCUGUAUCUGGAAAGGGGGAUAACUUUGAUCUUGAAACUGAAGGCAGGCGCAGAAGUAAUGCAUUCAUUAGGGACAUCAUUAGUGAAACUUCUGAAUCGCAGAGAACGAAUUCAUUAAAUUUACCGCUAGAAGCCGAAAAGUCCCGUAAAGGAAUUUUUCAUGAUCAACAUUCUCGUACCAGAAUUCCGUCUGAAAGUGAUAUUACAAUUCUGCAUACGACAAGUGACGCUAGUUUAGGGGUUACGCCUAAUCCAAGCCAUGAUGCUUUAAUAAAUAAAUUAGAACAGCAUCUGAUUUUAACGGAAGAGAAACUCGAUAGUGCUGAUAGUUCGUUAAUCAGUGAAGCAGACGUUACUGUGUCGAAUAUUGAACCUUCAAAACAAAGCUUUGAACAAAGGCCAAUAACUCCAGUCGGAUCUCCUUUGUCCAUCAAUGUGUGUAGUGACAUGGUAUCUAGCGUGUAUUUGUCAUCUGCAGCCGCGGAAGGGGAGGAGUCAAAUCAAGUGACGGAAAAGAACAAUAUGUCUGAUAUUAGCGUACUGUGUGACGAAUCGGAAGCCACAGGAAAUGACAGUAUUUACGAGUCAUCGAUAAACAAGAGUUCAUCAUCAGUGGAGGAUGAUAUCGUUAAGGUCGUGUACUCUCGGGACCCAAGUAUCGUAUCAAUACCCGAGACGGACGAUUCGUGUAGUUAUAAAGUGUUAAGUGGCUGUGAUUCGGCUGACGUGUGUGAUAGCGUUACAACACAACAGUUCACAGACAUUGAUCAUAGACUCAAGUUACAUCUUAUGAUGUCAUUGUUUGAAAAUUCGGAGGAAUUUCAGUGCAUAAUAGAAACCGAUAUUUGUCAGUAUUUAAUAUCGGAAGAAUUUCUGGCCUAUGUUGUUUUAUCAUCAGAUAAAUUCUAUAUACUUAAAAUAACGUCUCAAAAUAGAAGUGAUCCACCAGCUACGUGGUUAACAUGCUUGGACAUCCAGCCAGUAAAUGAGUUAUUUCAUGUUGAUGUGGGUCUGGGUAAUCAAAGCAUCAGGUUAGAAUUCGGUACAGACUGUUCGUGUUAUACCCUCAUUAUACGAGAUGAAAAACGAUGUCAGGAUUUCGUACAUCAUUUAGAAGAAUUAUUUAAAAGUGAAUUGUUUGUGUGUCAACAAAUAAAAACUUUUUUCACGAAAGAAGUUUGUGAAUCUACGGUGAAACAGUUACAGUCAGAUGUUUUAACUAGAAAAAAUGGAGAUGAAAGAAUAUUAGUCAGUUAUUUAAUGGGAUACUUAGUUAGAGGUAUGAACCCCAAAUAUCCAGUCAGUUUCGUUAUUACUGAUGAAGAACUAAUGCUUGUUAAAGAAAAUCAUCAAUGGCCCCAACCACGACUACAGGUUCCUCUAGAUAUCGAAAAUACCGCCAAACAUUUUACAGUUUUAGAAAAACAUAAAAUAACCAAUAUUGUUACUGUGGAGAAGUUUGAGGAAUCGGAGACCAAACUUCGACUGACAUUAUUAGAUGAAGAAUCUGGUGGUGAUACUGUCUGGAAUAUUACCAUGGAAACCAAACAUGGUACAGAAUUAUUUAUUGAUGCCGUACGAGGUCCAUGGGAAGCAGAAUUUGGUGUAGAUUUAGAUGUUACCAUGGUUACGGAAGAAGAUAUAGAAGAGUCAUGAUAAAAUGAUUCAUAUAUAUGGUGUGUUGUGAUAUUGAUCUCGAGAGUGACCUCCCCUGAAAUAGAUGUGUUGCUAACAGUCAGAUUGUCAGUUGCUAACAGUCAGAUUGUCAUAUUAAACUGAAAACAUGGAUUGUAAUUGACUCAUUGUUUCUUAGCUAGACACACCUACCCCGAUGGCUUUAUUAUGUUUAUUUAAACACCCAUUCUUUCAUUUAGAUAUAGUUGUGAUCAAGGUGUUUCAAGAUAUUAAUACAGAAAUAGUUGAACUGAAAUAUACAGGUGACAAUUCUAUAGAAUACAAUUACUGCUUAUUACUGAGCGAUGUUUUGACUAGGUUUCUCUAGUCAUUAUCAAGCUAUGAUAAAAUAUGAUCUAUAACAAGACAAUAUAUACAUACAUGUGCACAACAUACUUGGUUAAUGCUGACCAACCAGAGACACCCCUUUUAAUUAUAUGUACCUAAAUAGAGAUGACAGAGUCUGCGUAGUGAAUCGUCACGUCCAGAAAGACAAUGUUGUUGACAUGGCGAUCAAGGUUCUGUUUCACAAAGCACACUUAAGACUUCUGUACACUUCAAAAACAGAUGUGACGUCAUUAUUUGAUGUUGAUGUACCAUUCUUUCAAAUAACAGUAGUACAUUAUUUAUACUAGAUGAAAUAUUGGACUCUCAUGACGAUUUCAAUGAAAUGUACAUAUGGGAUAGUGUCUGUAUUUUAAGUUGUUUAAUGGUCUCAAGCAAAUUGAGUCCAACAUGGCCUCAGCAUAGAUAUUAAUGAGUCUCCUUGGGGAAUACCAACCCUAACCCUAACCUUUUUUUUUUUUUUAGAAGAAGAAAUGUGGCCAUGUUGGACUCAUCUUGGGUCCAAGUUACCUUUUACCAUUCUAUAUUUUACCCCAAAACUCUCUAGUCUCUAAGUCAUAGAUUAUGUAAUGGGAGAUAACUCCAAAGGACUUCAAUAACUAAUAAAGGGGAGGAAACUCUUCUGUGAGGUGGCAUUGGCACAUAAUGUAUCUUAUGGAGGAUAUGAGGAGAUAGAAUUACUAUAUGACAAUAUUUUUCCAUAAACCCAGAUUGUAUGUGAAAAAUUAGACUUUAUUUGAUAAAAACACAAAGAUGAUAUUUGUUUUAUAUCGUAUCAGAUAUCUAAUAAAGUCAAAUGAUGAACAGUAAACACUAGCUAGUCGUUAUCUGGCAUGAUUUUAUCAAAUCAUGGGUUAUCUGUUCUAUUUACAUGAGGGCUACAUUGUUUAAUAAAUAUUUAUUUAUAUUUCUAAUAUGCAAAAAUAUAUGCAGAUAUAUCCUUGCAAUUUUUUAACCAACCCUGUAUAUUUAAUAAUACAUAGAUAUAUACCAGGCAUUAUUGUAACCUAUAUGAAAUAUUAUGUAUAUAGGACCCAUAUGUGAGGUCUAAUUUAUAAGUGAUCAUAUUCUCUAUUUCUAUUAUGCUACUAAAGAAAUUGUUUUCUAAUAGUAAGUGCAGGAGGACCGCACUACAUGUAAAACAAAAAUCUACAAGAUAAACCUGCGGACCAGAUAGAAAAUAGACAUUGCACCAAAUAAACAAAUAUCAACUUAUUAAAUUUUUCCUAGUCAGAGACUACAAAGUGUGUAUCUGAAGAAUUUGCACAGGGAUCUAGGGAGUAGUCAAUAUUCCCAUGUACCAUAUAAAUACUUUAAAGUAUGUAAAGUUUUAUUAUAUAGAUAUAUUAUUAGUAUUUCAUAUUUAAAAUAUAUACAUACAUACACACACAAAUUGAAUUACUCCCACAAAUUGAAUUACUCCUACACACUGAAUAACUCCAAUAAUUUGAAUGCCAUGAUACAUAGCUUAUUAAGCAGUGGACACAUUAGCCGAAUCAAUGGGCGCCAAAUUUUAUUCGGCCGAAUGGGUGGACACACUAGCCGAAUGCUUCGCCCGAUUCACCAGUCGAUUGCAUCACCUUUCACGUCACAUGAUUAAACAUGACAGCGUCUAUGUCUUCAAACUAUCACAUGACUUCUCGAUAUGAGUGGUGAUUGGCUAAUGAAUUCUACAUUCGGCCGAAUGCUUCGGCGAAGCGGACACACAAGGCGAAUAUAAUUCGGCCGAAUAUAUCAAACCUGUUUGAUUCGGCCGAAUCAUUCGGCCGAAUAACAGUGGACACACUAGGCAAAUUUCGAUGCCGAUUGAUUCGGCCGAAUCAUUCGGCUAGUGUGUCCACCGCUUUACUCUUAACACAUAAGAUAUAUAUUUCAUCAAAUCUGUGUUUAAAAUCUCACAAUUUAAAUGGCAAAUAACAAAAUUUUGCACAAAGUUAAUGAACUGUCUUAAUUUAUACUGUAACCAUGGAAACUCCAAGAUAUAUGACUCUCCAAAACCAUUGUACCUAUGGAAACUCCAGUAUACAUAACUCUCCAAACUACUGUAACCAUGGAAACUCCAAGAUAUAUGACUCUCCAAAACCAUUGAACCCAUGGAAACUCAAGUAUGCAUAACUCUCCGAACUAUUGUAACCAUGGAAACUCUAUGACUCUCUAAAACUUUUGCAACCAUGGAAACUCCAUCAAUUUUAAUUAUUUGUACUUGUUGAUAUGGGUAUAGAGUAAACCGUUGAGGGUUGUACUAUAUUGGUCACCAUUAUUUUUGUUGAAUUUUUUUACAUUAUGAGAGAUUGAUAUGUAUAUUUGAAUGAGUUUAUCUUGUGGAAUUGCUAUUUUUACUUACCUAAGCGUUACUGUGUAUUUAUUUAUUUUCAAAAUUGUAUAUUAUCAAUUGUCCUACUUUUCUGCUUUCUUGGCCGUAGCGCCGCUGCCCUGGCAAAAUUUCCCUCAUAGCACACUGUAUGGCGUAUGCCCGUCUUCAUUAGCCCAGGUUAGGAGCAGAACAGUAGGACUUUAAACCCCAUUUCAUUUCAUUUCAUUUCUGCUUUCUGUAAUGGUGCAGGGCAGGGGGCCUGGCAAGGAAAAGUGUUCAGUCGUUCGGAUGGGACGGAAAAUACAAGGUCAUUGUAUUUGAUGUGUACGUAAAAGAACCCUUGACAGAUGAAAAUCGAUUGCUAUACAGGCAAAAUUUCCCACAUUACACAAUAUAUGGCGUAUGCUCGUCUUCAUUAUCUCCCCUGUUGGAGCAAUCAGAUUAAAACACAGAUCAUAUUUCGUUUCGUUUUUAUAGUUCAAAAUUUCGUUUUACUUGUCUCUACUACACUUGGAUCGGGAAGAGUUGUUAUUUAACUCGUGUUCUGAAUGGUGUCAGGGAUAAGCCAAUGAAACGGUCUGUUACGAUGAGCUUUAGGCGUGUUUUGCACGGAACUGUGGGUAAUCCACUAGUAACAUCAAUGCUGAUUGGUUAAUCAAAUGUCUGAUGUCAUAGGGUCAUAAGUCGGUCUUUUGACCCCUGACGUGACCUAUCGCUAUAACUUGUCAGAUCUUCAUGUAGUGUAGGCUAUCGAAAGUAAAAAAAACGAAACGAAGUAUAGAUCUGUAUUUUAAUCAGAUUGCGGUCGGAGCAGAUAAGUAAGACGUUAAAUCCGGUUAGGUCUAAAUAUUAAUGCCACCUGCAGAUUCCAUCUAGUUCACAAAAUAUGAGAGAGAGAGAGAGAGAGAGAGAGAGAGAGAGAGACUCUAACACAUGGUUCAAUUUUAUUUCAAAAAUUCACUUGUGCAUAGGUGUCUUUAGCAGUGGGAGGAAACCGGAGGACCCGGAGAAAACCCACGAGGCUGGACAGGCGACUCUACUCCUUGUCACGUACAACCGGGCAAUCAAAACCAUAUCAGUUGACUCAAUGACAGACGUUAUGAUACAGAGCACACGUGCUAACCAUUCGGCCAUUCAACCCCCCCAUAGGGCAAGGACAUGUGAUUGUUGACGAGAUUGUGGGCUAGAGUUAGGGUUAGCGCUAGCCCCGUUUACAUCUCAUGACCUUGAUGAAAUUUGCAGGUGACCUUAAUAUUUAGGCAUCACUUUUCUAUGCCAAAGUAAAUUCUUGUAGAGAGGGAUGUAUUUUAUUAUCAGGUGAUAACAGUACGAGUAGACAGUUUAUUGUAUAUUUUAAUUUAAACUGAGGUUAUAUAUUAUACAAUGAGGGCUUAAAAUGUUAAUUCAUGUCAGCUUUAAUGUGAAUAAAUAAAACCGAUGAUAUUAUCA